AGUUCCCAUUGCAAAGAAAACAAAUUCUUGAUAUUGUGUUUUGUAAUAAGUGAUUACACAUCUCCAAUGGGAAUCACUUCUCUCCAAGUUUGCAUGGAUUCAUCUGACUGGUUGCACCAGGGCACAAUUUCCGAGGAAUACAUAGGAGGAGGGAUAAUGGAUUCUUCGCCGAUCUCAACCCCAUCCGGCGGCGACGAAGAAAACAACAUUAACAGCAUCCUGGCAUGCGGCGGCAGAUCGCCGACGCUAAUGGCGGCGGAGAGAAGCCGGCUGAGGCCGCAGCACGAGCAAUCCCCAAAAUGCCCCCGGUGCGAAUCGACGCACACCAAAUUCUGCUACUACAACAACUACAGCCUCUCUCAGCCACGGUACUUCUGCAAAACCUGCCGCCGCUACUGGACCAAAGGCGGCACCCUCCGCAACAUCCCCGUCGGCGGCGGCUGCCGUAAAAACAAGAAGGUCUCCUCCUCCUCCUCCGCUUCCGCCGCCAACAAGAAAUCCGACCACCACCCGCCGCCGCCGCCGUCGUCUGCUCUAGUACCACUCAACCGUAACAACCACAACCACAACAACAACCCUAGCGCCGACGACGACGAAAACCACGUUCACCUCGGAUUCUCCGACCAACUCCAUUUCUCGUCGCUGCAUGCAUCUGGAUUCUUCAACAACGCCGGCAGUAAUAAUAAUUUCGUGCUCGACAACAACAACAACAAUAAUAUUAUCAACAACCACCACACUCCGAUUGAUUUCAUGGACAACAAGUACGGCGAUUUUGGUGGGAUGAUGAUAACGGGAAGCGGCGGCGGCGGUAAUAAUAAUGCAGACGAUCAUAACGCCGUUAACUUUCACGGUUUUCCGUUCGGUCUUUCCUCGUCAUUUCUCGACCACCACCACGGUAGUAGUAACUCCGCUCCGAUUAACAUUCUCGAGAGCUGCCAGAGGCUAAUGCUUCCGUACGAUAAUCCAAAUCAAAAUCAAAAUCAUAAUCAUGAUUAUAAUAACCAUAAUCAUAAUCAUAAUAAUAAUCACGAGGUAAUCGAUGUGAAGCCGAAUUCGAAGAUUCUGUCACUCGAAUGGAAUGAUUAUCAUAAUCAUCAUCAUCACCAGCAGAGUACCGGGUAUAAUUUCGGUGGGCUCGGAUCUUGGACCGGGUUGAUGAACGGGUACGGGUCUAAUCCUGCAACCAAUCCGUUAGUUUAAUGAUUGUUGAUUAGGGUUAAUUAAUACUAUAUGUAGUAGUUAAUUAUGAUCAAUUAGCUAUUUACUUAAUAGGAUAGAUUAGUAAUGCUACGAACUCAGGUUUUUGGUCUUUUUAAUUAAUGUUUGGAUUAUGUUUUUUUUUUUGUUUGUUUGUUUGUUUGUUUUAAUUAAAGUUUAACUUGGCUGAGUGUGAAAUGGGGAUUGUGGAAGCUAAGUAUGAUUAUUUUAUUUUGCUGUUGUUUAAUAUCAUUUAAUUUUGUGAUU